AUGCAUUGGAGACACGUAUUGAUUGUUUCAAUACAUAUACUAAACGCUAACUAUGAAUGUUUGGCCCAAAACGAAGUGAGUGUUGACAUACCCACAGACCUGUUGCCGAAGAAGGAGACCCUCUUCUGGCAAAGACAGCUCCUUAUACUCUUCGUGCCGACCAAUAAUCUGGGGAUCGGUCCGGGAAUACCCAUUGGAGGGGUAGUGCCUGGAGGGGUACCCAUUCCGGGACAGCUCCCAAUUGGUCAGCCGGGUUUAGGCCAACCUGGUUUAGGUCAGCCCGGUUUCAACGCUAGACUCAAUCGACUCAAUAAUAUUGAGAGACUGCGGACAUUGAGACGCCGGACCCGUAUUAGAGUCCGCUCGACGACCGCUAACUACGAGAAUAUCGACACUGAAAAUUAAAUAUUCAUUAAAACACAUGAUAAUUGUCAUCUCAUUAGAC